UCCGUAUAAUCAAUCGCCGGACAAUCGACGAGAAUAAAACAUGAAUACGACAUACACUGGAAUAAUACUGGGGAUCGCCCUGGUAUUGGCUGCGGUGAUUUACAUGAUGCCUUCGGAGCCCAAAAUACCGCAGCUCGAGGAGGUGUACUGGGGUCCGGGUCAAAAGCCGCGGAAGAUAGACGAGAGCAUCAGACCUUUCAAGAUCAAAUUCGAGAAGGAGAUGAUCGAUGAUCUGAGGUUCCGAUUGAACAACACACGCAACUUGCAGCCAUCGUUGGAACACUCGGGCUGGAAAUACGGCGUGAACAGCAACUACGUGCCGACGAUCAUCGACUUCUGGCUAAAUAAAUACGACUUCCGUAAGCGCGAGGAUCACCUUAAUCGAUAUCCCCAGUUCUUGACCAACAUCCAAGGUCUGGAUAUCCACUUUGUACGCGUGAAGCCACAAGUGCCGAAAGAUCGCAAGCUGCGCGUCCUGCCGCUGCUGAUAGUCCACGGUUGGCCAGGAUCCAUCGUGGAGUUCCAAAAGAUCAUACCAUUGCUGACGAGGCCCCAAGCGAAUCGGGAUUUCGUCUUCGAGGUGAUAGCGCCAUCGAUCCCGGGCUUCGGCUACUCCAGCCAAGCCGCGAAGCCCGGCCUCGGUGCCUUCGAGAUGGCCCUCAUCCUGAAGAGUCUCAUGCUCAGGCUUGGCUACGAUAAGUUCUACACCCAGGGUGGAGACUGGGGCGCCGUCAUCACAUCCUACAUGGCCGUAUUGUACCCGCAGCACAUGUUGGGAAUGCACUUGAACCUGUGCAUGGUUCUGAACCCGUGGACCCUCGCGAAAACUGCGAUCUACAGUCUCAUCCCAUGGCUGAUGUUGGACGAGGAGCGAUACCUGUCUUCGCCUCUCGGUUAUCAGAUUCAGACAUUAAUCGCUGAGACUGGCUAUUAUCACAUGCAGGCGACGAAGCCCGAUACACUCGGAAUUGGUAUGACCGAUUCACCAGCAGGAUUUGCCGCCUAUGUAUUGGAAAAAUUCUCGACCAUUACGCAAAUGCAAAACGCGUGGACCGACGAUGGUAAUCUGCUGGAGAAAUUCGAAAUGACCGAAUUGAUCGAUAAUCUUAUGAUGUACUGGGCACCGAAUAAAAUUACCUCUGGUUUUCGCAUUUACGCGGAAUCCACCAGCAGUCGUAUCCUGAAAAUGAGACUGAAUAAUAUUCCGGUGAAGGUGCCGACCGCCUGCGCCCAGUUCCCCCACGAGAUUAUAUUCCAGCCGGAGGCGCUGCUGCGCGAUCGUUUCGUUAAUCUCGUGAAGGUGACGAGGAUGAAGCGAGGUGGACACUUCGCGGCCCUGGAGGAGCCCGAACUUCUCGCCGAGGACAUCUGGUCGGCAGUGCCCUUCCUGAUGAAGAGGAGCGAGCUCCUCCGGAACUAGACGAACUA